AGACAACCGGCGCAUUCUUCUACACCAUUAGCCUGUGCCUGUUGCUCAACAUUACACCAGUUUAUAAUUGAUCCUGUAGUUAUUUUCGUCUUGGUCAACUGGAAGUGAAGAUACUUUUUUGCAUUUCAUGAUGGCGCUCAGCCACCUCAGUGCCACCAAGCUGCCCCGAGUCAGGCACAGUAUCAGGAACACGAUUGCCCGCCAGGAAGUGGAAGAGGAACGAGCUCAAGCUUAUGCGCUCUCGCUAAAUAGCCCGAGCUCCGCGGCUUCUUCCCUGGGAUCUUUUACAACUGGCCGUGCUCAAGCAUCCAAUCCAGGGCCAGCAACCAUUUCAGUACCCACGUCCGCGUCAUUCGGUAAAAAAGUGAAGAAAAGGAUCAGUAUGGCGGCAGUGGGCCACACAGCUUUUGGGAGUCUGAUGAGACGGGGACAUGUUCAUUCUUUGAGACAAAAGAAUCACAUACCCUCUAAAGUCCUAGCGGAACUAGAACUCUCAAGCACACGUAAAACAAGUAUAAAAAGAUCAAGCAUCGUUGGUGCUCAUAGUCACACUGCACCAUUUGAGCCCAUUCCCGAACCAGUCGUAAACAACCAAAAUACACCACCUCGAACUAUAAACCCGCUCGACUUCAACCUGGAUACUUUACCCGAGGACCCGGGGCUUGAUGAGAACGAGACGGAAGAUGAAAUGUGUACAGAACUCCUGUCAAUGAACGGAAAUGUUCCUGAUGGAGACCUCAUUUUCAUCAAUUGUUCUGGUUUCCGUUACGUAACCACAGAAGAAACUCUAAGUAGAUUUCCCAAUUCGUUACUAGGAAAUGCAAAACUACGACAAGCACUUUAUUCACAAAAACUGGACGCUUACUAUCUCGAUAGACACAGGGCGUGUUUCGAGUCCAUCCUUCAGUUUUAUCAAACUGGGAUUGAAUGCCCUCCACCGUACAUAGACCUACAUAUCUACCAUUCUGAGAAAGAUUUUUACGGUCUGAAGAGGUCCCGUGAUACGGUGAUCGAGAUAAGAGAAAACAGGAUGAAGGAAAGUUCCUGUCUCUGCUGCCCACAUAGCAGUAGGUUAAAGAUCCACAAAUUUCUGAUUAAUCCCCCGAACUCGAUCUGCUCAUCUUUAUAUCAUGCGACGGAUAUAACCAUGAUUGCGUUGGCGACGGUAUUGUUCAUCUUGGAAUCUGAAGAAACUCUUAAAGACAAAUUUCAAUUAACGUUAGGGCAUUUAAGCGACAGUUAUGGGAUAAACUUUUGGCUUUUUGCAUUAGAUGCAAUGACUAUCGGAUGGUUUACCGUAGAUAUAAUGCUAAGAAUGGUAUCAUGGCCACAGUUUAUUGAGUACUGGAAGGAUUUUAUGAACUUGCUGGACAUAUUUUCUGUUGCACCGUUCUACAUAGAGCUCAUUCAAUUGGCGACAGCUAACGAAUCUGAUAAUAAUUACGAUUUUCUCCGAGCCUUGAGACUUAUACGGGUAGUGAGAGUAUUCAAGUUUGUGCGUCACUCAGAAAGUAUGAUGGUGAUUCUGAAGGCGGUGGUGAAGGCACGACACGAGCUCCUCGUUUUGUUUGUAUCCAUCUUCCUUUUCGUCAUUACAUUCGGCUCGAUAAUGUUCUAUCUAGAACAUGACGUACCAGAGGAUCAGAUGCCACCAGAAGGGUCCCGUCCCAACACCCCUUCUCUUCCAUCUUGAUGUCGUGUUGGUGGGUCCUGGUCUCCGUGACGACGGUUGGGUUCGGUGAUAUGUAUCCGGUGACAACUGCCGGUAAGUUCGCCGGUUCUGUGGUUCUUUGUCUGGGAAUUAUCUGUCUGGCCCUACCCAUGACGAUCAUUGUGACCAAGUUCAGUAUUGAGUUUGACCGAGAGAAGUCUUGAAGAGACUAUAUGCUAUUUGAGCUAGGGUGGUAAACCAAAGUCAAGGCUGUGGAGAAAAGAGUGCGACCUAGGAACGUCUCAAUAAGUCCGGAAACCAGCAGGUAUUGAAGUUCAAAUGAUUGAAAUGCAAUUUUUGAGACAUCAAACUAACGAAUAACAAUGACAAAAAUAGAAAUAAUAUACAAAACAACUUUAUCAUAUAAUAAAAAUUCAGCAUAUCUUCUUAAGUUUAAUCUUGUUUUUACUUUAAUCUCGAUUUAGAAUAUCUGUAAAGAUCUAGGGAAAUCUUUAAUAAAAAAUCUGUAUUUUCACCCUCGGUAUGUAUUGUAGUAAAUAUACGCCUUUGUAGUCUGUUC